CAGGAGAAACUGCAAAGGGGGGCAACAAUUGACAUUAGACUCCUAAAUCUUCUUGGAUUUAUUAACAAACUGGGGGCAAAAAGACGGCUUUCAGGAGUUUUUACGAUAUGGGAGUCUGAGGUUAAAAACUUUGCUGUGAAAACAUUGGAUUUGAUGUGAAAGUACAAUCACACUGUAUUCACCAAUGGCAGCCUUUGUAUUGGAUUGCUUGUUCUGUUUGCUCCCGUCUCUGUUACUGUUGGUGCUGUCUCUGGCUCUCCGCUGGCCGAGAGUGAGCUGCUGGACGAGGCUGGCUGUCAGGGCUGCAGGCAGGAGACUCUGGGUCAUCAUCUGCCUGAUCCUGGAGUUGCCGCUAGACAGAAAUACAAGAAAAUGGACCGAGGAAGCCGUAUCACCAGGGACAGACCAGACAUCAGAUAGACCCAGGCUGAUUUGCAAACCCACUGCUCUCGCCAAAUAUCUGCUGCGACAUUGUGGCUCUCUGGCCAGGCCGAGACUGGCCAUCUGGCCCAGAGGAGACCCCCACCUGCAGACUCUGUCCAGCUUGCUGUUUGGACAACGCAGAGACACAUUACGGUUCACUAGAGACCAUCUGUUAGUGAGGGAUGGAGGAACUGUAGCUCUGGACUGGGCUGUGGGGACAAGACUGGGUGAGGUGGUCGGGAGGAAGAGGUGGGAGGGGAGAAAGGAGCAUCAGUCAGGGGGGAAAGCUCUAGGCUGCUUCACCGUAGCACCUCCAGUCCUCCUCCUCAUCCCACAGUCCUGGGGAGGGAUAACACCUCACCUAAAGGCGCUGUGCCAUAUGGCCAUGCGUCAAGGGUUCUAUGUGGUGGUGUUUCACCCUCGAGGUACAGCAGGUUCACCGAUGACCACGGCACGAAUGACUGAGUUCGGAGACCCAGCUGAUCUUGAGCAGGCGAUUGCUUAUAUCCAUAGCUGCCACCCGUCCUCCAUGCUGGUCGCAGUGAGCGAGGGUUCAGGCUCAGGGAUUCUUCUUUCCUACUUGGGGGAGUGUGGAUCAAGUUCUCACCUGAUGGCAGCUGCAACCAUCUCACCUGUACUCCUGGGUCAGCUGUGGUUUGAAACAGCUAUGCCGCCUAUUUAUCGUUCGGGAGCGCUCUUUCACCGGAAACUGCAGCUGAGUAGAUACGGCAGUUCCUUCAGAGCAGUGCUGGAUGUGGAUCGGGCCCUCAGCUGUUCCUCCCUCAGAGACUUUGAGGAGACUCUUUUCUGCUCAUCAGUCCAUCAUAAGUGGACACCUCCCAGACCUCCAAAGGGCUCUGUAAACUCUGGGCUGAGCUCAGGAUCUUCUUCCCCACGGGGUCUGGCACCCUCAGUGGCCUGGGGACUGGGCGAGAGGGCUUCCCCAGCCAAGGACUGGAACAGCUACUGGGAGAGGAAUGAACCACUGAGAGAUGCAGAUGAGGUGGCGGUGCCUGUGCUCUGCAUCUGCAGCCGUGAUGACCCUCUCCUCCCGCCAACCUCCACCUUGCCCCUUCCCCUUUUCCAGAGCAACCCUUAUUUCCUUCUGGUGUUGACAGACGGAGGAGGGCACUGUGGGUUCAGUCUGGAGAGCCGAGAAGAGAGUGAGGGAGGGAGGAUCAGAAAGGAGGAGGUAGAGGAAGGUAACUGGAGUCAUAUCGCAGUUCUGGAGUACUUCAGAGUCAUGGCUGAUUUUCUGAAAGGAGAGGAGAAGGAUGUUCCUACAGGAGAGUAUAGUCAUGCCGGGCAGAGGAGCAGGAUCAGUAACGUGGCCCCACCUCGCAGGAGGAGAGCCGCCAUGAUGAGGAGACCAAGACCUCAGGCGCCUGGACAGACCUUUGUGGAAGCAGAGGAAGAAAACUUCACCUGGAAGAGGUCGUAUACACGCUGAGGGGAAAGAGAAGGUGGAGGAUGAUCUGCAGAGAGACUUCAACAACUUUGGGUUUUUAAUGAGCAACUGUUGGGAGGGAAAAUGAUUCUUCUUUGCUGGGCCAAGAAAAAAACAUACAUAUUCUCAGAAGAUGGCUUCCCUUGUUACAAUAAAUCUUUAAAUGUAUGUUUAACCCUCCUGUUGUCCUCGAGUCAAGGAAGGAAGGGAGGAAGAAGGAAGGAAGGGAGGGAGAAGGAAGGAAGGGAGGGAGAAAGGAAGAAGGAAGGAAGGGAGGAAGAAGGAAAAGAGGGAGGAAGAAGGAAGGAAAAGAGGGAGGAAGGAAGGAACGGAGGAAGAAUGAAGGAAAGGAGGGAGGGAGAAAGGAAAAGAGGAAGGAAGGAAGCUAGGUGGAGGAAAGAAAGAAAGAAGGAGGGAGGGAGGAAGGAAGGACAGAAGGAAGGAGGGAGGAAGGAAGGACAGAAGGAAGGGAGGAAAGAAGGAGGGAGGGAGGAAGGAAGGACAGAAGGAAGGAAGGAAAAAAGGAAAGAAGGAGGGAGGGAGGAAGGAGGGAAAGAAGGAAGGGAGGAAAGAGAGAGGAAGGAAAGAAAGAGAGAAGGAAGGGAGGAAAGAAGGAAGGAAGGAAGGAAGGGAGGAAAGAAGGAACAGUCAGAACAGACGGGGUCAAUUUGACCCGGGAGGACGACACAAAGGUUAAAAAAAGGAAUUCAGUACUAACAAUUAAAGGGAAUUUAACUACUGCUGUAAGAAAACCCCCUGUGCACUGAGUCAAAGAGAGGAUAUACAAACUAAACAAGCUAUUUGGCAUCAAAUACACUUUUUUUUCCUGCUGUAUGAAUUAAAAAUUGGAUCAAAAUACCUCAGGGAUGUUUGACAAACAGUUUAAAGAUUUCAAAAAUAUGUAGGCUGAGGGGUUUCUUUGAUGCACACAUAAAAUCACCACAGGGACGAAGAAAUAUUAAAAUUACUUUAUUACAGAUGAUUCUUUAUCCAGUAGCCCUCUUCCAACAAAAAAUAGUAAUUACAAACAAAAUAUUACAUUUAUCCCCUAAACUUUGUUUCUGAAUUUCUUUUAUACAUUUUAAAUCACUUGUUCAUCUGUAAGGAAUAGCUUUUUCUCUUCUGCUAUGCGACAUUCAGCUUUUUGCACAAUCUAUACAAUUUAAUACAGUUUAAUACAGGUCUCUGGACCAGGGAGAAAAAACAGCAAGACCCACCAAAUGACAGGAGAGAUAAAAGGAAUACUGAUAAACAGACUGUACAGAGACGUAACCCUGCCUCCCGCUUACUGUCAGCCAAUGGCAGCCGUCCCUCAGCACACCGAGAGGGAUCACAGUAGACUCUUUAAUCUGGUCAAUCACUUGUGCAAUCAGUGCAAAUGAUCCAGUUCAGUGACCAAUGUCUAAAGCUAGACUCUGCCCCGACUGCCUCGCAAAAACACCUGGGGGGGGGGGGUUUCUAGUAAACACAAGAGAUGGACUAAAAAUCUGCCACUCGUUUGGCCCUCUGCAGACGUCAUUUGGAAAAUAAAAUGACCCUUUCUGGCAUUAAAGGAAAUAAAACAUUAGAGAAUUGGAAAAAUGGUGGAUAAAAGAUGUUGGGUACAGAGAAAUGAGAUCACAAUAUUCUGUCUGGGGUUUUUUUCUUCUUCAGAACAGAGCCAAUGAAAAACUAUUCUGAAUGGCGGGUGGCAAGAUUUAUAAAAAAAAGAAAAGAAAAAAAAGGCAAAUACUUAAGUGCAGAGUAAAACAUAUUUUUGUGUGUGUGACCAAAACAAAAGAGGGUUCACCCCAGAAAACCUCUGAGUAACCUUUUGUAGAUCAAUGAUACAUUUUCAGUCUUGUGCAAGAAUUUUGAGUCAAUAUCUGGUUGUGAAAUAAACUAAAUAUCGUUCUUACAGCCAAAUAUUUCAGAAUUCAGCAACUUUUCUGAUUUUCUACAUCUUUAAAAAAGACAAUUCUUUCUUUUUCUAAGUUAUUAUAACCUUGACUUUAGGCCCGAGUCUUCUAAAAACCAUGAAAAACCUAAAUGCACAGACUGAAUCUUCUACAAUGGGUAUCAUAAUGUCAGUAAAAUAUAGCCAAUGCUAAAAGCAAAGGCUAAACCUAUCUAGAUUUCAAAUUAUGUGCAAAAUCAUUCUUAUUCAGCAUUAAAACAAAAAUGUUGCCAUUUGCUCGAGGGCAAUCUGACCUAGAGUUGUGUUAUCUUUCACAACAGUUGCAAGUUGCAAGUUACGAGAGUGAAAAGCCAGCGUCUGUAAAUCAAAACGUUCAUUUGAAACGCUGAUGCGCUGGUCUAAAAACCACGUCACUGUGUUCGCAUCACGACAAGUUAAUUUGUCUUUGUUUUGUCAAUUAGAUUUCCAUAUUUUCUAAUUCAAAAUAUACAAUAUUAACAGAGUUCCUGUACAUUCCACCUCUGAAAAAUCAUAAUGCAUAAACUCUGCAUUUCACUAUAAGACUUCCACCUCUAUCUCUAUAAUCAUUUUUUUAAUAGAUUUAUAUAAUAAUACAUAUAUUGGUAUAUAUAGAUGUUCUUCUUUUCUUUCACUUGGUUGAAGAGCUCUUCCCAAAUAGAUCAGGGGAGGAGGGCUGAGACCACACCGAGGCUCAGGAGGGGAGGAAACGGCGGUGGAAGGGAAGCGGGGGAGAUCGGUGGUCAGAACAACGACACUGGGGUCACGAGGGGUGAGACAGAGCGGGGUGUCGGACCAGGGAAGGUUGCAGGGGCAUGGCAGCGGGGAUCACAGCAUCACCACCCAUCCACCCACCGAGACAUUCAGCAGUCACCAACCAGCAGAGGGGCUUGUGAAGCUCCUCCUCACGCUGCGUGUUCAUUCACUUUGACUCUAGACACUUUAAAAAGAUCUUUUUUUUUUU